GGCGCGGCAGCCCUCGCCGUGAUCGGAUGCUGCUCCGGUCCCGACGGGGGGAAGGCAUCGAUCCGGGACGCCGACGACGCCCUGGGCCGGCGGGCCGGCGUCGCCGCCUCGCCCCGGCAGGAUGAGCGGCGGGGAAGUGGUCUGCUCGGGCUGGCUGCGGAAAUCGCCGCCGGAGAAGAAGUUGAGGCGAUACGCAUGGAAGAAGCGCUGGUUCAUCCUGCGCAGUGGCCGCAUGAGCGGGGACCCGGACGUCCUGGAGUAUUACAAGAACGACCAUUCCAAGAAGCCGCUGCGCGUGAUCAACCUCAACUUCUGCGAGCAGGUGGAUGCCGGACUGACCUUCAACAAGAAGGAGCUGCAGGACAGUUACGUCUUCGACAUCAAGACGAGCGAGAGGACCUUCUACCUGGUUGCUGAAACGGAGGAUGACAUGAACAAGUGGGUUCGCAGCAUCUGCCAGAUUUGCGGCUUCAACCAGUCUGAGGAGAACGCAGAUUCUUUAAGAAAUAUUCCUGCCGUAAGUCACGGACCGCACUCGUCCCCCGCCGAGCUCAGCGGCUCCAGCCAGAGGCUCCUGCGAGAACGAAAGUCGUCGGCGCCGUCGCACUCCAGCCAGCCCACCCUCUUCACCUUUGAUUCACCCACUAAUCAUAUCCGGACCACCCUUUCUGCCAGUGCUCCACAGGACUAUCUCUUUCUGCACCAGUGCAUGAGCAGAAAAUCAGAGAACACCAGGAGCGCCAGUUUCUCCCAAGCCACGAGGACCUCGUUCUUCAUGAGAAGCGACCCGUCGGUCCAGAAGCUCCCUCAGGGCAAUGGGCACUGUGCGAACGGGAUGGGCGGGCAAGUCCACGGCUUUUACAGCUUGCCCAAGCCCAGCCGGCACAACUCGGAGCUCAGGGACAGCGCCUACGACCUCCCGAGGAGCUUUGGAUGCUACGCCCACACCAAGUCGAGUCUCACGGGCUCCGAGACGGACAGCGAGGAGGUCUACUCCUUCAAGACGCCGAGCAGCACCCUGUGCAAGGACUUCGGGGAGCUCUCCACAGAUACCUACGAUGUCCCCGGGACCCCUUUGUCGUUCUACCAGAUUCCCAGAACGUUCACGCUGGACAAGAACCACAACGCCCUGGCCGUAGUCUCCAGCGAGACACCUGCUACCCCGCCUCCUCGGCCGCCCAAGCCGGGCCAGUCCGAGCCACGCUGGGGUAGCCCGCAACAGCGCCUCCUGGACGGGGAAGGCGGCCUCGGCAUGGGCCCCGUCGCUGCCACGAUUCCCAGGAGAAACACUCUGCCCGCUGUGGAGAACUGCCGGCUGCACCGAGCUUCUUCCUGUGAGACCUAUGAGUAUCCCCAGCCCAGCGGCUGUGCCGGCGUUCAGUCUGCGGAGUCCGUGAAUGCUGGGUUCAGUUCCUACCUGCAAAACAAAGCUACAGUGGCGCGCUCUCACAGUGCCGACUCGGAGGACAACUACGUCCCCAUGAACCCGGGCUCCUCGAUCCUGUUCAGCACGGAGAAGUCAAACGACAACUCGCAGCAGCUCUACAUCCCGAUGAGCCCCGGACCGCAGCACGUGGACGUGAUGCCGCUGUCGUCUUCGACUUUCCCCGUGCAUAAGGGCAGCAGCAGUUCGCAGCUGCACCGGCGGAUGAGCGACAUCCAGCCCCCACCCGUCAACCGCAACCUCAAACCGGACCGCAAAGCAAAACCGACGCCGCUGGACUUGAGGAGCAAUACCGUCAUUGACGAGCUACCCUUCAAGUCACCCAUCACGAAAUCGUGGUCCAGGCCUGGCCAGACGUUCAACUCCAACUUCUCCCAGUACUGUCGUCCCAUCUCUACGCAGAGCAUCACAAGCACUGACUCAGGGGACAGUGAAGAAAACUACGUGGCCAUGCAAAACCCAGUCUCUGCAUCUCCCAUUCCCAGUGGCACUAACAGCCCAGCCAUGAAAAAGAGCACAGGCAGCGUUGAUUACCUGGCCCUGGACUUCCAGCCGAACUCACCUAGUCCACACAGAAAGCCUUCCACGUCGUCCGUUGCCUCAGAUGAGAAGGUCGACUACGUGCAAGUCGACAAGGAGAAGACCCAGGCCCUGCAGAACACCAUGCUGGAAUGGACAGACGUCCGGCAGUCGUCAGAGCCCACCAAGCCAGUGAAGCAGUAACAGGCGGACGUGCAUCGAAGCAGAAGGGAAGCAUUUCGGCCGGGCUGACACCCGAUUGCUCCGUCCACCAAAGCCUCCUGCUUUCCUUUCAUGGGGACUGUUUGACAAGGAUGGGGAAGGCCUGGUCUUGAAGCAGACGUAACUUCGGGGGUGAUGCGGAUGAUACUCAGUGCGGUUCUAAAGAUGCCGGGGGCCCUGCAGUGAUGGCUUAGCUGCUGCCCAAAUUACCCAGGAAGUUCAACAUAGCAAUAUCAGGAUUCUUGGUGUCCUGCAUGCUUGCAGCCAGGGCUGAAUGCAUCCCCGCUGCCCCCAGCUUCUGCCAUAUGCACCAAACCAGUUCCCACUGGGUAGUAUUCCAGUCUUCUGGAAACGUCAGUCUCACCCUCCCCUCCCUCUUUCAUCUCCUGACCAUUCACAGAAGGAAAAAAAGAAAAAAAAGAAAAAAAACAGGCAAUCAUUGGCACAAACUGUUCAGUUUCACCGAAACCUAGUUUGUUUGUCCUUCUGUGUAAACUGCAGGCAUCCUUGUCUCUAAAGCACUUAAAAGCAUUUUCCAGGAGUGAAAGGAAAUUAUCAUUGCUCAUUGGUGUGUAUCAGCAUCUUGAAAAAGAGAUAUUUAUCUGAGCUAAAAAUGGUUUCCCCCUCCCCAAAAGAAGUACUUUCAAGAUCCUCACAUGCAGGUCUUAAUGUCAAAUGUUCAGGUAUUUUCUGAAUACUCUCAUAGUGUUGAAUAUUCGCAGAAUAUUUGAUAUAUGUGUCCGAUAUCCUAUGAUGUUUGAGUUGAACUUUUGAUGUUUGACAGUAUUGGAUAGCUGGUGUGCAGUUGUAUUUAGUAGUUUGAUGUCUGACAAUUAUGAGAAUCGUGGCUGAGAACAUAAGCAGAGUCUUGUCGGGUUAAAGUGCCAUUCAUUCCGGUAAUCUGUUUUGAGUGCUUGCCAGGCCAGUAAUGGGUGCCAAUAAGUCUGAAGAAUUCAAAGUGUGAAUCACAUUUUCAAAAUGCGUGUGCAGAUGAGAUGUUUUGCAUUUAAAAGUCGCAAGACGGGAAAAGUCUGGCAAUCGGUGAACAUUGGGAAAUAUUCAGCUGCAGUGAGAGCAUGUCGGGGUACAUAAGCUGGAUCGUUGCAAGAUGAAGGAAAACUGCUUCCCAAAUGAAUCUUGAUUCACCCACUAGAUUUAAAACCAAAGUGGUGAUCACAGGUUGUGAUGGUGGACCCACUGCUGGGGCAGCGCUGUUCCUCCACGUGAGGUCCGGUGUGUGAGCCACGUGUGGGACUCCAGGGUGCCCACACGUCGAGUGGAUGUCAUGCCUCGUCCCUUGACCGAGAUGCAGACUCACUUCCUCCCACCUGAUGCCCUGCAGAUGAUUUGGCCACAACUCCCUGCAUUCUUGACCUUUAGCCACACAAGCUGGGGAGCAUGGGAAUUGACGUUCCAAGCCUCCGGAGGGCUCCAGGUUGGGAGAACCUGUUCAGAAGCCAUCAGGAUAUCACCUGACAACCACAGGCAUUGUGUGCGUAGUGUGGCCCAGCCCGGUUGGCCUCCUCGCGUAUCCCCUUAGCACAAAGCUCUAGAAGGAAGGGAAGGAACUACUACAGCACUUGGGUUAGUGUAAUGUCAUGAAAAAGAAGCCCCUUGCCUUUUUGAGAGUAGUAAAUAGUGAAUUCUAAUAGCGCCUCCUUGUCAUCACUUUGAUGCUCUUCAGUGCAUUGGACAAAAAUUCCCAGCAUCCCACAGCCAGCACAACAUACACGCCACUGCAUCUGGAGGGGCACCAGGUCGGGGAGAGCCACUGUAGUCUUUUCAUCCACCGUCAUCGAAUGAGGCUUUAUUUUAUUUACAAGUCAGGGACCCUGGAAGAGGUUCCCCCCUUGCCCAGGGCUGGCCGGUGGGCCGACCAAAACCCACCAGAACGGUUAGAUCAAAACUGGCUUGAUAAUUAAAAAUAGGGAGCUGCGGUUCGUGUUUUCUGCCCUGGGGGCAGAAUUCUGUGGUGGAUGGACGAUCCCAACGAAGCUGAGCAGGGUGCUAAAGGCUGGGGAGAUGGAGCGGCUGAGCAGAGGUGGAGAGGGAAGCGAACAGCCCCUGAGCAGCAGCUUUCUGCCCUUGCACUCCCCUAUAUAUGAGCCAUGUCUCUUACAGGAGGAUCGCGCUUGAAUCAGAUAUUGGGCCACAGCAAGCCCUUCCCCACAUCCUUGGGGCCACAUCCAGAGGCCCUGCAUGAGGUACUAACUGCAUGGAAAGCUGCCCAAACCCCUGGACCAUGUAGCUUGCCGCUGGUGGCUCAUGGGCUACGAUUCCGACCAAGGCCCCACUCGCCACCUGCGGCCCAAGCAGAACCGCCAGGGAGUGAAUGCGGACCUUUCUGCCUGCUCCUGAAGGGAUCCUCGCCCACCCCAUGGGCACCCACGUGCCUCUCCACUGGCCACCUGGAGACAGAAUACCGUGCUAUAGAAGCUCCCCAGUGUCGCAGGCACAAAAACGUGUGCUGUGAGGACGGAACAAGGUUCUGCCAGAGUUUAUUUCCCAGUGCCACAAAGUUGGGAAGAAGCAACCCAUCUUGCGGAAGAAGCCAUGGUGUUGACGGUUAAAAAAAAGUGAUACUGUGAUACUGUACAGCCCAAAGGGGUCCCUCCAGAUUGUGCAACUGGGGGUGAUCUUUGGGGUGGCCUCACAGUGGUAUUAGAGCAUCGUGAGUAAAGCACCCGAUUGCUUUGGUGUGGUGUGGAGAGAGCACCUUGUUCCCAGCUUCUGGCGAGUAACGCAGUUACUUUGCAUGUAAGACCUGUCCUGGAAGAGGUUCCCCCCAACCCACGUGUUGGCCAGAGGGCUGACCUAGCACCUGGUCCCUGGCAGCCAGCGAGUCCCCACUGCAUCUUCCUGCCUCCGGACAACAGCAGCCGAGGAUAAAGGCAAAAUCCCCUUGGCUUAUAGCAUGAGCCCUUCUAACUGUGUGCCAGUGGUGAACAAUGCAACCCUGAUGUCCUGCGCCCAUGUUUACUUACAAGUAAGUCCUGUUGCAGUCAGUGGUGCUUUUCCCAGGAAAAUGUGCUUAGGAUUGUGGCCUCAACUCACUUUUCCCACUGAGCGUCUUUCUUGCACUGUUUUGGGUUCAGGUUCUCACGGACUGAUAGUGAAACGGACAAUACGAUGUCAUGAUUUGUGCACUGACCUUGUGACUGUUAAAACAGCUGUACCUUUUGCAAAAGGACUCGUUUCCUUGUCGAGUGGUUUGUUGAAAAGCGUGUCUGCAUCCUGCUCGAUCGGGAAGAGCUCAGAUCUCCCAAGCGCUACCUUGGCGUUCAGUAGAAUACGAUUCCUAAGAAUCGAAUGGUGCUGGAUCUGACUGAGACCCACUGGAUCCAGCAUCUCGUGUCCAGCUGCAACCAGCAAGCUGGCUCUGGAAGGGUGUGGCUGGACAGGAAGGCGCUUAGCCUUCCUUAGAGAUCCACAGAUCCACUGCCUCUGUUCAUGGGUGCUCCCUUGGGUGCAACCCUCACUACCAUUUCGCCCUGGGUCCUUUCAACUGUUACGUUAACGUGCAAUAGCAACAGGACAGAGACGAGUGCUUUUGCAUCCUCAUGAGAAACCCACUUGGCAUUCGACCUUGCCUGGAUCUGUCCUGUGCAGAAUGGAAGCGAGAAGAAACCACGCCGCACCCCAGCUGCUGGGGCCCUUUAUGCCACCUGCAAGAGGCUUGGUUUAUGGCCUUCCUCAGGUUUCCCCAGGAGUCUUCGCAGCCUUCAGAAGCCACAGAGCUUACUCGGUUGUCACUGGGCUGUUUUAGGGUGCCUCUCCCAUUAAUCGCUCACCCCCUGCAAGCCUCGGAGUUCCUUCCUCUUGGGCUCACAAGGUGUCCUUUUUGGCUACAGAAGAAUGACGACUCAGAUCAUUUUAGUGAUGCAGCUGCUUUGCUGCUUCCCCCACCAGCAAUCCUACAAGUUGCCGUUUGCUUCCGGUCCAGAUAUGGGCAGAGGCCCUGGCAGCCGCCAUUAGAGCAACGCUUGCGUUUAACUUCAGGCAACUGCCUGCAGCAGUGCAGCCUCUCCUUGUGCUUUAUGGCUUGGAAGGGGCCAAAGGCUUGGGGUGCUCGAUUGAGAUCUGGUCCCCCUUCAGCCACAAAGCUCCUUAGGCGACUUUGGGCCAGUCGCUGACGCUCACCCUGGCCCAUCUCGGGGUUCUGAGGGAGGUCAUGUCUGGGAUGGUGGGCUGGGGAAUUCCUAUAAUAACUAAAUGCAGCUCCUCAGGUCCCCUUUCUUCUUCCCUUCACAUUCCUAAGCACUCAACUCUUUUCCUGCUCCGUGGAGCUCUUGUUGGUUUCUACAUUUUGCUUGGGCUUGGGAGGAGCCCGGCUUCCUGUGGACGGACAUCAUGUGGCAAGUCUCUGUUUUAGAGUCUUCUCUUUACGGCACAGCUACCAUAGACAGUGGCUUUCCGGUGUCACCCCACCCUUGAUUUUGUGCAAAGGGCAACUUUUCAAUUCCCUACCUCGCAUGGGUGUUCUGACGAUUGAAGUUUGGAGGAAGUGAAUUAGGUCAUUUAUACCUGGCGUCAACAUGGCAAGACUUUCCCUGAAGUUCUGUCAUUAUACCAUUCAGACACUUCGACACACAAUGAGCGCUACCUCUUAGAAAAAUUAAAGUGUGGGGGGAGGGGCAAUAAGACCCAUGUGACCCAAACUUCACUGCAAUAGAGCAGCAAUCUGCCCUUGCCUGCAAUAAACUCAUUUUCAGAUGCAACAGCUACCGAAACGAACCAAAAUUAACUUUGCGGCUGUGUUCAAAAAAGCUUUUAAAUGUUUCCCCCAGCUGGAAAAUGAUCAAUGAUCUAGAAAAAAGUGGUGUGCGCAUAAGAAGCAAAGUCCUGGUGACACCUGAGCAUUUUACCAGGUUCUCAGAAAUCCUCCUGCAAAGAAAGCCAGGUAGGCAGGACCUAGCUGAGUCCUGCUCCUUAUAUGCUAAUUUAUUGCACGCAGACCACCUGAGUUCGUUGGCUAUCGUAGAAGUUGCCUCCUUGCCCCAUGGAAUAGGGCUUCUCGGCCUACAUUCAGGAUUCCAAAUGUUGGAAUUUGAGUGCAGGCACUGCAGUGUCCAAGCCCUCGAAAUGAUUUAAAAUGGGAAUGGCCAAGAACCUUCAAAGAAUGGCAGGCAAACAGCAAAGAAAGUUGUAGGCAAAAAGCUCUGGAAGGCCACGAGUGCUUUAAAAUCCUGCAAGCUCGUGCAUUGCUUGUUGGAACGCCCCUUUGUAGUAAUCCACUUUAAACCAAGGCUUUGGGCCUGUCCAUCCACUGCUUUUCCAUGCAAACAUCUAGCACAAGGCUCAUGUUCCCCGUGCUGAGUUUCCCUCAUCCACCCUCUGUUUCGACUCAUUGUGGGGUUGGGAAACCUCAGCAAGUGUUGAAACAGGAAAAAUCCUGCCUAUGGCCUAGAAACAAGGUCACCGACCCACCCUGGUCAAAACUGGAGACCUAGAGAUCGAGGCGCUGUGGCGUUCCAGGCCGCUUGGUGUAGUGGCGGGUCAUUCCGGAUUGUGCCCAGUGGCACGCGGUGGUCCCUAGCACGGCCAUUGAAGUGCAAGAACAGCAUGUGGGAACGAACGUGCUGGAUGGAACGGCCCAGUGUCCUCAUCCUCGGAGAGUCACUGGUGCUUUCGGGAGCAGGAGGCACCAAACGAUGCCCAGGGAAGUCCCCACGGUGCCGGAGAGCCGUGUUAAAGCUUGAGAGGUAACCACUGCAACACACUACUAGUGACUCCAGGUGUAGAGACGGUUUGCCUCAGAGGGAGGGCAGUUUGGCAAGGGUACUCAAACUGGGACCAGUCCUAUGAACCCCUAGAGCAAAGCUUGGCUUUCUCAGUUCAAACAGUGCAGGGCAGAAGAUGUCCUCCUUUCUCUGGACUGAAGCAGUUACUCAACAUCUCAAGCAUUCUGGGAAAUACCAGCCAACUCCCAGAAUUCCAGACCAUUGGGCAUGCUGGCUGGGGCUGAUAGGAGUCGAAGGCCUCCGAGGGUGCCAGGGUGGGGGAGACUGAGCUAAAGCUGUCCUUGAACUUGAUGCUCAGAAAAAUGAGCGGGACUAUUUCUAACAUGGGUUUAUCGAUGUGGCUGCGUGGAUCUGCAUUAAGCCCAGUGGUUCGGAAACCAGGGUUCAAAAUACCAAGGUUCCACAUAAUGGAAGCAUCUUCGUUGUUAUAACAUUAGCAUACGUGUUUGCAUUAGGUGUCAAGAUGGAUUUUUGAUCAGGAGUCUUAAAGGUGUUUCAUCCAAGAAACUAUGUAGUUUUGUUACUUUCCUGUGAAUGUUCUGAAAUGAAUGGCUGUUAGAGAUGGGGUGGGGUAUUUUUAUUUCAUAGAAAAAACUUUUUUUAGGAGGACAAAAAUACUCUUUUAAAAACAUGAACAUAUGUUUUUGUCUUGUGGUAUCAUUAUUUGCGCUGGGUUAUUAAUUUUUCUAGUCACUGUGGAUGCUAAUCCCUUAAAUUAUUAAUUUAUUCUUCAUGAUUUUUAAGACUAUUUUGACACACUUAUCCUGUAAAACUGUUCUCACGCUUAGCUAAUACUUUUUAUUUUUAUUUUUGGCUAUUAAUAAAUGUGAUAUGUGCUGAAAAGCAA